AUGCACCUAUCCCGCGAUGCUGGGGACCAGCGGCAGCCCCCAGGACAAAGCAGCAACGACAGAGGUGUGUGCGGGGCGAGGACUGCAGGACUGGGCGGCCCUCGGGAGGACUGCGACCACUGCGAGGAGGUCGGGGGGGAUCCGCGGACCUCCCGCUCCCUCCCGGGGGGACCUACACUCCCCGCGACCUCGGCGCUGGCGGCAGCCCCGAAGGGUGGCUCCGCGCACAGCGGCGGCCCCGCGGCUCCUCCGCCCGGGCACGGACAGCGACGGCCGCGCCUCGCCCCACUGCAGCCCUCCCGCGGCACCGCGCGGGCGGAGGCUGCGCGCCCGCGGCUGCACCGGCGCUCCCCGGGCGGCGGCAGCAGCGCGCAGAGGCGCGGAGCGGGCGGCGGCCGCGAGGAACAGGCGGCCCCGCAGCACCCUCGGCCGCCGGCGCCGUCCCGCGGGCAGCGGCGGCAGCGCGGCCCGUCCGCGGGGCGCCCGCCCAGCCGCACAGCCUCCGCGCCGUUCCGCGCCCCUCGGCCACCGCCCUCCCGGGAGGAGCGCCCCGCCGCCACCAUCCUCCCCGGCUCCGUCCCGGUGCCGCCCGCCGUGCUGCGGGGCUCGCCUUGCCCGGCGCAGGACCCCGCCGCGGCGCCCCCCCCCCCCCCCCCCCCCCGCCUCCCCGCUCUCCGUCCCCCGUGA